AAAACCAAACACUACAUGAGGCAUAACCAAAAAUCUCAUGAGUCAUAACUAAAAUGUUGUCUUAAUUAAAAAAGAAAAUUGGUAAUAACUAAAAAUAAAAAUAAUAUAACUAGGAAUGCAUAUGAUAUAUCCCUUUCAAGGAGGUGUAUACUAGAAUUUCCCAAAAAAGUAAUUAUUCUAAAAUUUAUUGAUUCAUAGAAUAACUACAAAAAGACAAAUAGAAUAAAGAAAAAAUACCUAUCAGUGGUACUAUUAGAAAAUUAUUACAUAUUCUUGAAAAAGUAUAUAAUUUUAAUCAUUAAUAUGCAUAAAAUUUAUCAUUUAUUUAUAAUCUUUUUAAAAAAAUCUACACAUAAUUAAAACUUCUCCUAAAAUAAAAGUAAAUGAUAGAACCUAUAGAGGGACAAAGUGGAGUUAGACUAUUGUUAGGUCCCAUUUGAUUUCAAAGAUAUAUUGGAGGGAAUUAAUAGUGAGAAGAUUAAUAGUGAGAGAAUUGUUAGUGAGAGAAUUGAUAGUAAGGGAAUUAAGUAAAAUUCUGUUUGUUUUGAUAAUAGUUAUUAGUGUGGGGAUUGUUAAAUUAUUUUUCUAUAAAAUGAAUGUAAAAUAAUAAAAUAAAUAAAACCAUGGUUUUUACUCAACAAAAAAAAAACAAAACAUUAAACAUUAAUGUUCAAAAUGUGCUGCCCAACAAGUAAAAAUAAUAAUAAAAAAAAAAAUUGCACUUGGUCGGUUCAGUGGCCAGACAUCCGACUGGAUGAUCAGUAACACCCUAAGCCAAAUGGACUAUUUUCUAUUACCAUCUCCCAGCUCAGACUCCUAAUCUGUUCACUCAAGGCCUUUCGUAGUCCGAAGGGGACUAUGAAUCCAGAGCUCACUUUGCAAAAUAAACAUGAUAUUGUCUUAUUGUAAUCCUCACUAACAAUUCACCACGAGCUGCUAUAACCGGAAACAAAUGGGCCCAAGUGAUAAUAUGGAUGUAUGUGAUGGUUGCAUUAACAAGUGAGGAGAGAAAAAGUGAAAAGUAAGAGAUUAGAAAAGAAAUGGAUAGGGAGACUGAUGCGUAGUGCCUGCACAUGUAUUUAUUUAUUUAGAUAAAUUGCAUUUACACUCUUGAGGUUUGCUUUUAAUAUAAAUCCCUCCCUCGCAUUUCAGAAAUCACACUAAACCUCCUGUCAAUUUUUUUCACUUAACAGAAGUUACAAAAAAACAAAAAAAAAAAUGUGUAAGAACUAUAAUACCCUCAAUUGAAGAUUUGAUUUUACUAUAUUAUCAACCUGCCCAACCAUCACCAUUUAAACAAUCUUCAUCACGAGCUCUGUUAGUUGACUUAACGGUCAACUAACGGAGGGGGCAAUUUGUAAUGAAACUUUAACCCUUAGGAAAGUGUUGUAAUUUCCAAAAUGUGAGGGAGAAUUUGUAAUAGAGUCAAACCUUGAGGAGUGUUGGUGUAAUUUACCUUAUUUAUUUUUUAAAUUUUAUCUUUGAAUAAUAGUGAGUUGAAAUUGGGAAAUUUUAGAAUAAGACCCCCAAAUGUGUUUAUAAUGAUGUCACAAAGAAGUAGAGCCCCACAUGAUUGAAUGUAUGACAAAUCAAAAUCGACACUCAUCAGUCCACAUCAUUAUGGAUGAAAUUGUGAAUAAUUUAUUAGAGGUCUCACAUAUUUUUUGAAAUUUUAUAAUGCACACACCUUUUUGUUUGUGUAUCAUAUAAUUAAUUAUGAUUUUUAUAAUUUUAGGUUAUAAUUUAUUGUAGUGGUGAUUCUAAUUUGAUUAUGACUCAUUAUGAUGUGUGUUAGUUAUUAUUUAUUGUGGUUUUUGCUUAAAAAAUGAUAUACAAGUCGACUUUGUAAACUAAUUUUUUAGAUCCAAUGAUAUGUAAAUGAUAUGAUUGAUUGAUGAUUUGGAAAAAUAUGAGAAAUAGUUUUGCAUUAGAUAUUCUAAUUGAUUGCCACAUCAUUGGGCUUGAAAAGUGAAUAUAUUAUUUGGACUUAAAAUAGCAAUGCUCUUUUUAUUUUGGUUAUGACCGAAGAGAUUUUGAUUAUGUCUCAAACAACGUUUGGUUAUAACUGGGGUGACCCAUUGUGAAUUUGAUUACAACGUAUUGUAAUUAUUAUUUUUUGUUAGGAUUCAAAUUUUUUUUAACUAUGCCUCAAAUAAAAUUUAAUUAUAACUUCUUGCAUCAUGAUUAAAAGUCAUUUAAUUAUUCAGACCAUAAAUAUAACACAUACCAAAAUAUUGAAAAAAACUGGUUAAAGAAAACUCAAAAUUGAAGAAAAUGGCAAAGAUUGGGAUAAACUUCUCCUUUUGUGUGUGGCAUUAUCGUUCCUCGGGUUCGGGUAUGGCAAUAAGAAAGCUCCAAAUUGACAAAAAUGGCUACUCUGGCAAGGCAUUAAUGCUCUAUUCUUGUGCAGAGCAAUAUAUUAUGUAUAUACAUAUCAUGUGUACUCUCAUAUUGAUAUCCAAAGUAAAUGCUCUAUUCUUGUGCACAACAAUAUAAUAUGUAUAUACAUAUCAUGUGUACUCUCUCUCUCUCAUAUUGAUAUCCAAAGUAAAUGCCUUGAUCUUCUAUAAAUAGAGGUGAUCAUCUUGUUAGUUUCAUAUAAUUCUUGUAUUUCUCUCUGUCUCUCUUUGCCUUGUUCUUCUUCCUCUGAACAUGGCAGCCAUUGUUAGCCUUUUGUUGCUCUGUGUUUGUUCCUGCUUCAUCUCCCUCUACGACGCACAAGCAACUAUCCCGCUCGUUCCGGCACUGUAUAUCAUUGGAGAUUCGACCAUCGAUGGUGGGAACAGGCUUACUAGCAGAACACCUUACGGAAUUGACUUAAACACCACAACACCAAUACGCUGGACCAAUAGCGAGACCAUUGCUGAUUUUGUUGCAAUCUUCCUCGGGUUGCCCCUUGUUCCACCCUACAUUGAUUUGUCCAAAGCUGGAAUAUCAAGAAUGGGUGUGAACUACGCAUUUGCAGGCUGUAGUAUACUGCCACAAAUUGGUCAGAAUGGUUGGAGUUUGGAUGGUCAGAUUGACAAGUUCAAUUCAACUCUGAGAAAUAAUCUGACCAAAAUGUUCAGUAACCCGGACCUCCUCCAGCAUGUGAAAAACUCAGUUUUUUUUGUUUUCUUUUGGCAUCAAUGAUUAUGUCCAACUCUAUCUUUCCAAGAACAGUGGUACCCUAAGCAAAUUGUCUCUUGAUGCCUUUGCACAAUUCCUCCCAAAUGAACUGUUAGUGGGAUUGACGGUAAGAUGUUCACAAGCUUUAUAAUUACAGUAAAGUGUGUUUAUCUUAUUCUGAAACAUGCAAUAAUAAGUAUUACACUGAAACCGAUACGCUAUGUUUUACAGACAUUAUAUGGAUGGGGGGCAUGAAAAUUUCUGUUUAACAACAUUUGGCCAUUAGGGUGCACACCAUUGUAUGCCAAUGUAUCGGACCCUCUGGCUAUUUGUUGCAAUGAGACAAUUAACCAGUUAGUCCGUCCGUACAACAACAAGCUUCCUGUGAUGCUCAAGGAAUUACAGUCCAAUCUUUCUGGUGCCGUGUUCUCUCACUCCAAUGACUUCGAGUUUGUGGAAGACUUGAAGGAGAAUCCAACUAUGGUAAUAUGAGAGUACUACAACUACUACUAGAGAGGAAGUUUUUGCUUUCGAAAUUGCUACCAUUCUCAUUCCAUCGGGGUCAAGAGGUAACAAAUACUACAAGAGAGUGACAUCCCACGUUAACCGAUUCUCUCUGCUCAAAUAGAGAUCAAUAUCUCUAUUUUGAUUAUUUUCACACUACCCAAGCUGCAAACCAUGUCUUCUCUUUGAAUUGCUUCAAUGGAAUACUUUGCUCCCCACUCAAUAUCAUACAACUCGUGGGGCCCUAAGUCUAGUGAUAUUGUGUUUGGUUGGUUAUGCAUGUGAUGGGUUUGUGUUGACGCAUGUAAUGGCGUUGUUAAGAUAGUUAAUAAAAUAGUUAUUUGUAGCUCUACUUCAUUUAUGUAAUGGCUUUUAGUUAUUGAAAUGGUAUUUGUGGCUCCACUUUAUUAUACGUGUAAUGGCUUUUAUUAAUAUAUAAUUAAUGAAAUGAUAUUUGUGGCUCUACUUUAUUAAUAUAUAGUUAAUAAAAUGAUAUUUGUGGCCCAACUUUAUUAA